GCGGGGUGAGGCCAGGGGAGCCUCGCAAAGCGGAGAUUGCCCUUGUGUCUCGAGCCGGGAAGCGGCUGGGAACGGAGCAGCCUCGCCGCUGCACCCGCCAGCAGCGGGACGAUACGGGACGGGACAGGCGAGCGGAGCGGAGGGCAGGCGCUGCGCUGAGGGCGAGCGGAACCACCGGGGGCAGCCGGCACCGCUCCGUGGGGGGAACCUGCUAGGCAGCGGCGGAGAGCGCCGCUCCCCCCCUCCUCCCUCCCCAAUCCACCCCCGCGACCCUGGUCCUCCUCCUCCUCCUCCUCCUCCUCCUCCUCCUCCUCACCCCACUGGAUACAGCGAGGGAGACACUGCGGCGGAGGCGGCGGCGGCUCCUGCGGGGGGAAGGAAGCGCCCGGAGAGCGGAGCGGCGGGAGGCUGCGGAUCUGCGUGCCUGGCGCCCACCCAGCCCGAGGGGAGCCCCCAGCAUGCGGCUGAAGCCCGGCGCGCUCCUGCGCUUCUACAGCCUCUGCGGGAUCCUCAUACAAGUGGCUGCUACAAAGAACAGAGCUAGAGGUAGCCAAGGGCAGUUUCCGCUUACACAGAAUGUCACAGUUGUUGAAGGGGGAACGGCAAAUUUGACCUGCAGGGUCGAUCAAAACGAUAACACCUCCCUCCAGUGGUCAAAUCCAGCUCAACAGACACUGUACUUCGACGACAAGAAAGCUCUACGGGACAACAGAAUUGAGCUGGUUCGAGCUUCGUGGCAUGAACUGAGUAUCAGUGUCAGCGAUGUGUCUCUGUCAGAUGAAGGGCAGUACACCUGCUCUUUAUUUACUAUGCCUGUCAAAACCUCCAAGGCUUUUCUUACCGUUCUUGGUGUUCCUGAGAAGCCACAAAUUACUGGAUUUACUUCACCAGUUAUGGAAGGCGAGAGAAUGCAGCUAACUUGCAAGACAUCUGGUAGCAAGCCAGCAGCUGAUAUCAGAUGGUUCAAGAAUGACAAAGAAGUUAAAGAUGUUAAAUAUUUAAAAGAAGAAGAUGCAACUCGUAAAACAUUCACAGUCAGCAGCACACUGGAUUUCCUUGCAGAUCGCAAUGAUGAUGGUGCAGUUGUGAGCUGCAGAGUAGAUCACGAAUCCCUAAAUGCUACACCUCAAAUAGCAAUGCAAGUUCUAGAAAUACACUAUACACCUUUAGUUAAAAUCAUUUCUUCUAAUUCGUGGCCUGAAGAAGGACAAUCUAUAAUUUUGACUUGUGAAUCCAAAGGAAAACCAGUGCCAGAACCAGUACUGUGGACAAAGGAUGGUGGAGAACUACCAGAUCCAGAGCGAAUGGUUGUCAACGGCAGAGUCCUCAGCAUCAGUUUCCUAAACAAAACAGACAAUGGCACAUAUCGAUGUGAAGCAAAAAACCCAAUUGGCCGAAACAGCACAGAAUAUGUUCUGAUAGUACAUGAUGUUUUCAACACUUUGCUUCCCACUACUGUCAUCCCCUCCCUUACCACUGCAACAGUCACAACCACUGUAGCCUUAACAGCCAGCACAACCACAUCGGCAAGAGCCAUCAGCACCAGAGAUCCAAAUGCUUUGGCUGGACAGACCGGACCUGACCACGCUCUAAUAGGAGGAAUAGUGGCUGUAGUUGUCUUUGUAACGCUAUGUUCUAUAAUUCUCCUUGGUCGAUACCUGGCAAGACAUAAAGGAACAUAUUUAACAAACGAAGCAAAAGGAGCUGAAGAUGCACCUGAUGCCGACACAGCCAUUAUCAAUGCAGAAGGCAGCCAAGUCAAUGCAGAGGAGAAAAAGGAGUAUUUCAUUUAGAUACAGAACUAGAAUCUUGGAGUUUUACUUAUCAGGCUGAAUGGUGGAGAAAACUGGCUAUCAUUUUUCAGACUUCAUUUCUGCCAUAUUCUGCUAUCUUUAUUAACUUGCAUACCUGCUCUAAGUAGCCAGUUUAUACCAACAAUCAGCUCUUGACAUCCCCAUUCUAUAAUUGCAGCAUCGUGUAUAAAGCAGGACAUUUCUUAUUGCCUAAAAUCCAUAUCCACUGCUCUCUUAACAUACAGUGCUUGAAUAUACAGCCUUAACAAUGUUAAUCAUCAUCUUAAUUCAAGUUUUCUACAUUUUUAAAUGUUAUACAGCUUUCUUCGUUUUCAGUUUCUUUUACCAUGAUCCCUACUAGUAUGUCAUAGAAGAAUAUUCAUAACAAAUACUAUUAGGUAAGGACCUAAUUUACUUACAUAAAAUGUUAAGUCUAAGACUAGAGGUUUACAAAGAAUGUUUUAUAUAUGUCUAUAAUUAAAAAAGCAACUUGUUUUUGAGACAUAUGCCCUAGGAAAUACAAACAGAAGUCUUUGUAGAAUAGUUUUUUGUGUGCUUGGAUUUGGUGGGAUAAAAAACAACUAUCCAUCUACUAAAUUUUUUGUUUUGCUUUGCUUUGCUUUAUUAUGUUUUAAAUGGUACCUUGACAGCAGUGCCAUGUUUCAGUGGUAAAAUCAUGCUGAAUAGCUAAACUGAUUCUGCAAAUUUAGAUAAUAGUGCUUCAUUUGAAACAAAUUUGUCUUUCCAUUCUACUGCUUUUUUGGGAUUACAACAAUUAGAGAUUUGUUUUGUGUGUGAGUAAUUUCUGUUUUUGUAAUUUAUUUGCUUUUCAUGGACUCACCUGCCUACUCAAAUUUGAAGCGUUCAUAGGGCAUGACUGCAAGACAUUUUAGUAUAUGUAUAUAGUGCAUAUAAUAAAUUCAAUUAAACAUUGUUUGAUACAUAUUUAACUUUUUUGGCAGUAGCUAAGUCAGUCACAAGUAGGCAUUUUCUAAUGUCCAUUAUAUCCCUUUAGAUAUGACUCAAAUAAAUAUUCUGAGUAGGUAACAUGUAUAAGUAUUUUUUUUGUCUGUAUGUCCUAGCACUGUUCAGCAGCAAACUUUUCUAGUUCUUGUUGGUUUUUCUUUGUUAUACAAUGGAAGCACAAUGUUAUAUGGAAAGGUAGUUUUAUGCUAACAACCAGUGCACAGCCUCAGGUUUUAAAUUACAACCACAUUUGAUUACAAUCCUUAAAAAAUACUAUUGAGUUGCAAAAAUUAUCAGUUUUUAAUUUGGCAGUUCCAGAGCUGCUUCUCUAUGUUGGUUUGCCAAAAAAGAAAAAAAGAAAAAAAAAGAAAAAAAAGAAAAAAAAAAGUAAAAAAAAAAAAGUAAAAAAAAAAAAAUAGAAAUGUUAAAACAAAAGAUAUAUGUUUUGUGUAUACAGUAAAUGGACUAAUUCUUUAUAUUAAAUUCCUGUCUAUGCAUUUUGUGAGGUACAAACUUAUGUCACCGUGAAUGAUAGAGAAUUCCUGCCAUGCUUUUAGCUCCACAGUGAAAGUCUCUGUUUGGAUUAUUUCUGAAUUUUUUUGUGUAAUUGACAGCUGAAAAACACAUGCUCUUAACUGCGACAACAAAACACUGUAAGCCCAUUGGCUUAUUUCCUCUUCCAAUGAAGUAACAAGGUUGCCAUAACAGCUCUUAGUAAUGAUUCUACACUGGAGAAUGCAAGUUAGUCUAGAUGGAGUUUGUUGUACUCCUGAGUUUUGCACCUUUGACAAAAGAAUAUUUCUCUCUGGUUGCUGUACUUGUUUGUGAAGCCUAAAAGCAUGAUGGUCUACUGUAAAGGACUUUCUCCUGGGAUUUUAUUUUUGUGUGGGAAAGGGAGAGUUUGGAAUAUGACAUCAUGUAGUAUGGAAAAAUGGAAGAUAAAGGUGCUGUGUCAGAUUAUUUAUCAAAAGAGUAUAAACCUUUUAAGGACAAUACUAGAGUAUUUUAAUUGUUUUUGUUGAAACCUUUAUCUUGUUAAUUUCAAGAAAAAAGGGUGACGUCAAUCAAGCAGCACUUUUUUUCAAAAUAUACAGACAUAAAUAAUAUGAUGUGGUUGAGUGUUAACAUAAUAAAUCAUAUACAGUAUGACAUUUUAAAGAAAUUAGUCUGCAUUGAUGUGAUUGCAUGCUUGUUUUUACAGUUCACUCCAUACCCAUCUGUGGAAAAAUGCAAUAAUAUGUUAAUAUAAUAUGGUAGUUUGAGAGAACCAGGUAGGUGCUACUAGACACAUUGAAAACUAGUAUAGGUUUACAAGAUAUUCAUGUCUUUCAAAACAUACACAUGUAAAAAGGCUGGCAAAGGAAGUCAUUCAGUUAGUACCAAAAAUAUGGAUUCUUGCCACAACUGUAACUCCCAGUUAUCCACAGUAAAGUGUCACACAAUGCAAGGUUUCAUUUCAGUACCUGGGGCCCAACUGAACUAAGCAUCUAAGCACGCACUCAGUGACAGGCAUGGGAGAAGUUCCGUUGAACUGUAAGGCACUAUUCUUACGCAUAAAAAGAAGAGCUUCCCUGGACAAGGGCCUUAUUUGCUCAAGUGGAAUUCCCCAGAAGUAUGAUGUUUAUGCCUUUUUUUAUUCUUCCUAAUUCCAGCUUGUUUGAAUAGUAGAGUUGUUACUUGAACUGUUGCCCGAUGAAGGUCAGGCAGGACCUCCAAAAGCAGGAUUGUUUUGAACCAUUUUCUCCAGCAGUAUAAAAACAGCAUUUAAACUUUGCAAAAAAAAAAAAAAAAAAAAAAAAAAGAUAUGAAUUGGACAGUUGAAAUGUAUUAUUUCAUUGGUUUCCAAUUAAAACUAAUCAUAUGUGCUGAUUUUUAAUGCAGUUGAUCUUCCAUUAUCUUGUACCUUGUGAUGUCACAUCUGUGCAAAGCAGGUGUAAAAACCACAACAAGCAGCCAUAAAUGGCAAAUUCUGACUGGGUAGCACUUCACAAGCCUAUCUAGUCCUCACAGAUUGAAAUUACUGUACCAAGUGUGAAGAGGCAUCAUUCUCUUUUGUAAGCAAAACCAUGCCUCAAAGCUAAUGAUUUUUAGUAGGCUGGUUUUUAAACCAGUUUUCUGUUUCCUUUAGUCAAGAUCCCAUUCUGAAAGAUUGCUUUGAAGAUGGCUGCAAGGUACCCAGCAAAUGCAUGAAAUGGAGUCUCUGAAUGGGAAGACAUUAGCCAAAAUAUAUGUGACACCCUCUCCCUCACUCCCAUGCAGAGUAGUUUUCUCAAAACCAGGUAGCUAGUUUCUGCCAGUGUACUGUUUACAAUGUCAGUUGCUGAUUAUUUCUACACUUUUAAAUGUUGUUUUUUUUUUUUUUUUUUUUUUUUAAUUUCUUUUUUUCCAAUGUUUGAAGAACAUUCUCAUGAUUUGGACAAGAAAGCUGUGCAUCAGAAGACAAGGGGUGCAUCCUCACACUCUUUUAGCAUCAUCAGACAAAUCAAGAAACAGUUUAGGGAACCUGAUGUUGAAUUUUGAGGCUCAGAAUUUUAAGCUAGAACACGUUAAAAAGCGUUCACAUUUCUUAGGAGUGGUUCAUCUUGCACUGAGACUCCCUCUAUAAAGGAAUUUGUGGAGAAAACCAACUUUUCUAAAUAAGACAUGAAAGUUAACAUCUUGUGUAUUUUCAUGACAGUAUACUAUACAUAUAUAUAUAUAUAAAACUAUUUCAAUGAAAAGAAAGGACAGAAUCAUCUGUAAUUAUGUAAUUCAUGAUUGUAACAGCACUGAAGUUACCAUGUACGCACAUGUACAGUAGCUCUUUCAGCAGUUACAGCGUAGAUACAUGUACUUCCCUGUAACAUAGCCGUUAUAGUGUAAUUUAGUGCCACUUAUUGUAAAGUGUUACCAAAAGGAAAACAGAGUUCUUACCUUUAUAAUUCCAUUCAAAUUAAAGGUAAGUUUAUUAAAUUAGCGCUGUUAAUCUGAUACAAUAUUUCUUAAUUAAGGAGGUGAUUUAAAACGUCAUGCUCACACUGCAGCUUUCCCCACUGCUUAUCCAGACUCCUCCAAGUAUCUGAUCUCUACACUCCAAGGAACUGGUAAUCUGUGAUGAACAUACCAAAAUCCAGCUACUUCUACUUUAAUUGAAUAAGCUGUAGAAUAGAGAAAAACAAAACAAAAA